AGUCGUAGUAUUGAAAGAGUGUUCGUGUUGGUGAGGGACUAGACAUUCAGAAGCGACGUAAGGGCCGUGACCGAAUCAGCUAUUUUGUGGCUAUAGCUUUCUUUUCGCGUUUGAUGUACUGCGCAGAACAGCCUUAGCCGUAGAUAAUAACGCCCAUUCGGACAAGGCUAGACUUUGCCUACACGCACGUGUUUGACUGUGUUGUCUUUGAGUAGUUGACUGAAACUUACUUGUCCAAAAUGGAGACCUAAAGUGUGGCUAAUAUGGCAGAAUUUGUUCACCAGAACCUCGAAGAGACUCUGCUCGAGCUAGAACAACUAGAACGGGUUGGGCUUUUUACAAAAGUAGAAAUUAAAACUAUUGUGAAGAAGAGGACAGGUUUUGAGUAUCGUCUCGUCAGACUGAGAAAGGACAAGCAAGAUUUCCUGCGGUAUAUACAGUAUGAAGUCAACUUCUUAGCUUUAAUCAAGAAGAGAAGAGAGCGAAUUGGUUACUUCUUUAAAAAAGACGAAAUUGAGUAUGCCAUCAUCAGACGGAUCCAGAAACUAUUCAGGAGAGCGUGCACCAUGUUCUGCGAUGACCAGAAGCUGUGGUUCUCGCACAUGCAGUUCUGCAAGAAGUGGAACAUGAACAAUGAGUUGAGCAGACUGUUUACGAGACUACUCAAGGUGCACUCCAGUAACCCUGCACUGUGGAUUAUAGCAGCCAAGUUUCAAAUGGAGGAAAUCAAGUCAGCAGAGAAUGCCAGAAGCCUGUUACUACGAGCCAUCAGGCACCAUCCCAAGAACCACAAGCUCAGAGUUGAGUAUUUUCGAAUGGAGUUGAUGCACGCAGAUAAGCAAAGGAAACGCUGGGCAUUGUUACAGCAGGGCAACAUGGAGGCCAGGGAGGAAGGCAUGGAAGACCCCAUCUUGAAAGGCAAAGUGGCCAUGGUGGUCUACAAGAUGGCCAUCCAAGAUAUACCAGGUGAUAUUGAUCUUCAUCUGGCCUUUCUCUCUGUGUGCAAGAAGUUUGAUUUCACGCAAGACCUAGAAGAGGAGAUAUAUCAGGACUUGUUGGAAGCCCAUCCAGAGAAUGAGCUCAUGUGGGAUGCUGUUGCCAAGAGACACCUUACAGCAGACAGCAACGGAUCAGAGUCGAUCCAUCUCGCAGAGGAGACGCAAUGUCAUGAGGUGUACGAGAAGGCUGUGAAGAGACUACCAACAGCAAAGAUGUGGAGUAUGUACAUCAACUGCUGCAUUGAUAGACUACAGCUCAGAGGAAUGGAAGACAUUAGUGACAAGCGAGCUGAGAAAACCGUGCAAGUCUUUGCAUCAGCCAGUAAACAAUCGUCACUGCCAGAUGACCUGUAUGUGAAAUGGAUGCACCUCCUUCAGAAUCUGGGUAAGAUAGAUGAGGCCAAAGAUGUAGCAGCGUCGGCCAUCGUCACUCAUCGCCACUCGGCGGCUGUGUGGGAGGCAUGCCUCAGGCUGUCCAUCCAAGACUCCGGAAUGGGCAAGGAACAUCAGCAGGCUGAAGUGUCUCAACUCUUUGACAGUGCAAUCUCCUUUGUCAAGGCCAAGCAUGCACUACCACUCUGGAGAUUGGGGCUAGAAUGGUGCCUGAUCAUGAACCCUGACAAUGUACAAGAAAUAUUCAAGGCAGCUAUAAAAGAGCCACCUGCAGUCUCAACACCGAUGAAGAUAGUGUAUCUAGAGUGGGUAGCCAUCAAGAAGGGCAUCAGUAAGGCUAGAAAGAUCUAUAAGAGGCUGUCCAGGGAAAGACCUCUGUCAGUGGAUUUCUUCAAACAGUACAUCACCAUAGAGCAGGCCCAGCCAGAGCCCAACAUGGCCAGAAUACGCCGUGGCUACGAAGACGCUUUGGCUGAAUUUGGCUCAUCUAGACCAGACCUGUGGUUAGACUUCAUUCGUCUGGAGAAGGACAGCAUGCAGGCUGCACAGCUUCAUUGGAGAGCCAUGAAAGCGCUCUCAGGCCCUGGCCUUGAAGACUUCACUAACGGCUACACACUGCUGCAAACUGGCCAUGUAUCCUAGCCAGCACUGUCACCACAGUGACGGAAUGUGGAAGUCGAGUGCUUCACAACUGUCUCACCAUUGCUCCACAUGUAAUCUUGUGAAGUAUUUGAUUGAAACACUGCUGUGGUGAUAGGGCAGAGGUGCAAAACUAUCGUAGCCCAAACUUGUGUAAUUUCCUCACCCACUUCCCAUUUGCUUUGUUACAUGUCUACAUGAUCAUCCAAUCUUUCUUUUGAUAAAUGAAGAGAGAAUUUUUCUACAGUAUGGGUGAUCACUGGAUGAUGGACUGUCAGAACACAAAGGUACCCGUAUUUAGUUACAAACAAAAGCCAAUUGGUCAACUUCCCAUAUGAAGAUAUUUGUUUUUAUAUGAAAGUAAAGAGCAAUGUUCAGUGCAUUCACGUUGAAAUACUUCCGAGUCGAACAUUGCUCACUGUCAAAUUUCAGGUUUGAAAGAGGUUGUGAUUGGAAAGAUUCUGCCCAGAUUUGUGAAGCUGGAAAUAUAUUUGCUCAACAAAAUUACCUGUAUCCAAUAUCAAAUGCGGGUCAGUCACAUGGGGCAUAUAGAUGAAAUUUUAGCUGGUAACCAAAUUUUUGCCUGGCAAAUGUUUUCUUUGUUUAGCAGCCACACACAGGCUGGUCCCAGCACUUGUCACUAAACACCAACUGCCAAAUUAUUUUCUUAAUGUUUUCAAUCCUGACAAAUUAAUUACAAUUCAAUGAUGAUGUUAUUUAUUGACAUUACUGGUCAGUCUCAUGUUUAGUCACAGGUUACAACAUCAUUGGUUCAAACUGUGUCAUUUUGAAUUUCCCACAGACUUUAUUUAUUGAACAUUUCCUCACGAUUCUCCUAGAUAAUUUAUUUAUGCAUGUUAUUCUGGAACUUAACCAAUUGUAUUUUAUUUAUGCAUCUUCAAAGAUGUUGAAUUUUUGUAAGUAAUCAUCAAUUGUUCCCAAUGACUUUUCCUGUUUUUCCUCGACUGAUAACUUUAAGGUUAAUUCUCAUGAAUUUGAGUUGUCUAUUUGUGUUAAGUUUGUGCCCUUGGAGUAAGGCAUGCUGUAAGUCACAUCUCCAUUUUGUACAAUUUUAAUAUUCUUGGAAAGUGUUGAUGUCUCUGAUAAAUGCCCAGAACUGGAAAAACCAAUGCAGUUCUUUUGUUUUGAAAGUUGUUUGAUUGUUUUAAUGACUUUUUAACUUAUGAAAACCGACAAAAUAUUUUUCAGAUUGAUUUCUAGGUUAAAAGUUGUACAACUUGCCCUCGUUUAGCUCCGGGCUCCAAAUUGGCCAAGUGAAUAAUAUAAAAGGACCAAAUUAUGCAUUCCUGUUGAUAGAAAUUCACCCAAUUACAGAGUAUAACAAAGGAGUUUUGUAAAUUUAACAUUUAUGGGUUGUUAUGUUGACAACCGUCAUUUUCAAGUAUCUGAUUUUUUAAAUCAUAAAAGUAGAAAUCACUUUGAAGCAUGAAUCAAUCUCAGAUGCACCAAGAACUUUUCGUGAAAAGCCAAAGAGCAGGGCUUUAUCGAGAAAAGGGUCAAUCAAACGUUGAUAGAGCUUCUAUUAGUUGGAGAGCACUAUGAGAUGGGCUAAAUUGUUUUGUUUUGAGGGAUAAAAUUUACCCUUUAUUGUCAUUGCAGUUAGGGUAACACUUGGGACUUCUCAUAUUGCAGACGUUUGCAUUUUGUAUCAGUACCUUUAUUCAGAUAUACAUCAUGCUGAUGGGUGUAUAGAUGUACAUUUGCCCAGGUUUCUGUUGCUUUAUUAAGACGUGUUACAUUGAA